GCUCUUCUUUUCUUCUCCUUUGCAGCCGAACAAAGCCCCAAGCUGCCGACAGCCCUCCCUUGAAGAAAAACCGGUAAAAGCUUGGGAAUUUCUCCUUCUUUUCUUGCUCUAGAACACAAAUUGAACUCAGAAAUUCUCCCCCUUCUCUGCAGAAAUCCGGAUCUCCUUUGCUCUGUCCGUCCGGUUGCUGCUCUUGUCGGUUUGUGGGUGCGAAUUCUGGGCAUUUUUAGAAAUUCCCCCUGCACUGCCGCCGGCUUCCCCUAGCUUGCAGCUCCGGUUUUUGCUGCUAAAUUCUGGUUCCUGAUGGUUUUGUCAGUUUAGCACUGAGAUCGAGUCUUCGAUUUUAUGAGAGUGAGGUAAGUAAAUUUAUGGUAAUGCCCGUACAGUUUUUAAAAGCAUGUUUUGAUUUGUUUUUGAAGUGGUGGCGGGACUAAACCCAUUUUAUACAGAAGUAAGUAUGACUGAUUUGAAGUGAAAUUUUAUGCUUUUCAUUAAAUUGAGCAUGCCUACUUGAAAUUUAAUUGAUUGUCCUGAUGAUUUGAAAGUGAUUGGUGAAUUAUGAUUUUUCUGUUAACUUCUGUUUGUUUUGUCUCCGAUGUGGUUAUGUUAUUAAUGAUCCUACUAGUGGGGGUUAAAUGCUAGCACAUGUCGACAUGUUAUUGAUAGAACUGGUUUGUACGAGUGACCCUGCUAGUGGGGAUUAUACACCAGCAAAUAGUGUAGCCUGCUAGUGGGAGGUUCAUAACACUGGCCAUGACCUAUAGAGGAGACGUUUAUUUCGUUCCCGUAUUUUUUCCCUUGUCCACCAUUUCAGAAAGUGAAACCGAUGAUGGGGAAACCACAGGAAGUGACAAGUCAGAAGGCUAGCCAUUUCGAGAUUGAUAUAGAUUUUAGAAAUAAAUCAUGCUUUUGUAAGAUAGAUUUUACCUUGAAUUUAUAAGAUCAAAACAGAUUUCGGUCAUUAGAUCAACUACUUGGAUUUAAGUCAUUUUGGAUAUAGAAAUAAAUUGAGAUGUUUGAUUUAAGUUAUUGGAUUGUCAGAUGUGAAUUGGAUAAGUUUCGAGCCUUGUGCAUUUGUGGGAUCCUCUCACAAGUGCACGGCGUCUGUCGCGCCUCGAAUUUGAGUUUUGGGGUGUGACACCUUUAGUAUAGUUUACAUUUUAGGUAUGUUUUAUAUCACUCUUUAGCUUUCAUCUUUGUUCUAAUUGUUAUGCCUUUAGUUUCCUUUUAGUUGUCUACAUUUGUCUUUCUUACCAAUAAACACACUUGAUUAAC